AUGUUUAAAGUAUUGUUUGUUGUUUUUGCUUGUGUUCAAGCGUACGUAUAUGCUGAAGAGUAUACAGUUCCCCAAAACAUCGAUAUUGAUGAAAUAUUAAAAAAUGAUCGAUUGACAAAGAAUUAUUUGGAUUGUAUUCUAGAAAAGGGUAAAUGUACGCCAGAAGGGGAGGAACUGAAGAAGGAUAUUCCGGAUGCGUUACAGAACGAGUGUGCUAAGUGUAAUGAAAAACAUAAGGAAGGCGUAAGGAAAGUUAUCCGGCAUUUGAUAAAAAAUAAACCAAGCUGGUGGCAAGAAUUGCAGGAAAAGUAUGACCCAAAGGGAGAAUAUAAGAGCAGAUACAAUCACUUUUUGGAAGAAGAAGGACUCAAUUA